AGAGCCAAGCUAGAGGCCGGCCUAGAGCGAGGGAGGGAGAUGAAGCUCCUCCAUGGCGCGGCGCUCUCGCUCGCGCUGCUGCUUCCGCUUCUCGCGGAGGUCACCCAUGCUCAGCAGACGCCGACGACCCAUCCGGGCGACGCGGCGGCGCUGAACGCGGUGUUCGCCAAGCUCGGCCAGAAGGCGUCCUCCGCAUGGAACAUCAGCGGCGACCUCUGCACCGGCGCCGCCACCGACGACGCCGUCGACAUCGACAACGACGGCACCUUCAACCCGGCCAUCAAGUGCGUCUGCCCCGCCGGCAACGCCUCCGUCUGCCGCAUCACCAGGCUGAAAAUAUACGCCCUGGACGCAGUCGGCACGAUACCAGAAGAGCUCCGGAACCUCACGAGACUGACCAACUUGAAUUUAGCACAGAAUUACUUAACAGGGUCUUUACCAUCUUUUAUUGGGGAGUUGACUGAGAUGCAGUACAUGAGUUUUGGCAUCAAUGCGCUAUCUGGACCUCUACCAAAGGAGCUUGGGAACCUUACGAAUCUUGUAUCACUUGGCAUUGGCUCAAACAAUUUUAGUGGCUCACUUCCUUCGGAAUUGGGAAACCUGCCCAAACUUAAUCAACUGUACAUGGACAGCGCUGGCCUUAGCGGUCCACUACCAGCAUCACUUUCCAAGCUUACGCAAAUGAAAACAUUGUGGGCAUCAGAUAAUGAUUUUACUGGGCAGUUACCAGAUUAUAUUGGGAGCUGGAGUUUAACAGACCUGAGGUUUCAAGGCAAUUCUUUUCAAGGUCCAAUUCCAACUACCUUUUCCAAUCUUGACCAAUUGGCAAGCUUACGAAUCGGUGAUAUAUUAAAUGGGAGUUCGUCUUCACUGGCAUUUCUCAAUAACAUGACAUCUUUGAGCACCUUGAUUUUGAGGAACUGCAGGAUAUCUGAUAAGCUUUCAUCGAUAGACUUUUCAAAGUUCACGAGUUUAAACUUACUGGAUUUGAGUUUCAACAAUAUCACAGGCCAAGUACCACAAACCUUGUUGAAUCUGAGCUCACUAGGAUUCUUAUUUCUUGGGAAUAAUAGCCUUUCAGGAAGCCUUCCAAGCUCAGUAGGAUCUGCGCUUAAAAAUUUAGAUUUUUCUUACAACCAGCUCUCAGGAAGCAUUCCUUCAUGGGCUAAAGAUUCACAAUUGAAUCUGGUGACAAACAAUUUCGUGGACAAUAGUUCGAGCAACAGUGUCUUACCUACGGGGUGGGGAUGCCUUCAGCGUAAUACACCAUGCUUUCUUGGUUCUCCAAAGUCUUCCUCCUUUGCUGUGGACUGUGGCAGUAGCCGGCCUGUAUCAGGCUCAGAUAAAUCUGUGUAUGAACCUGACGGUGGAAAUCUUGGACCUGCGACAUUUUAUGUUACAGGAGCACCAACAUGGGGUGUCAGCAACGUUGGAAAGUUCGUAGAUACGCUGAAUGACAGUUAUAUAAUCUACAGUUCGCACCAGUUUCAGAAUACACUUGAUACAGAACUGUUCCGGAAUGCAAGGAUGUCACCAUCAUCCUUAAGAUACUUUGGUAUUGGACUUGAAAAUGGAAACUAUACAGUUACACUUCAAUUUGCAGAGUUUGGCUUCACAGACACUCAGUCUUGGAAGAGCGUAGGGAGAAGGGUUUUCGAUAUAUAUGUCCAGGGUGUGCGUAAAGAACAGAACUUUGACAUAAGGAAGACGGCAGGUGGGAAAUCUUACACUGCUGUUAGGAAGCAGUACGUUGUUCCUGUCACAAAGAACUUUCUUGAGAUUCAUCUCUUCUGGGCCGGCAAGGGCACUUGCUGCAUUCCUACUCAAGGCUACUACGGGCCUGCGAUCUCAGCUUUGAGUGCAACACCAAAUUUCAUCCCUACAGUGCGUAAUGCUGCGGCAAAGAAGAGUGGUAGUAAAGCAGGUGUGAUUGCAGGAGUUAUAGUUGGUCUAGCAGUUUUAGGAUUGGCAGCAUUUGCCGGGAUCUUUGUUUGGAGGCAGAGGCAGAAAAGGAGAAAACUAUCAUUGGAGCAAGAAGAGCUGUACAGUAUUGUGGGACGACCUAAUGUCCUCAGUUAUGGUGAACUGAGGUCAGCUACUGAUAAUUUCAGUCCUAAUAACCUUCUUGGCCAAGGAGGGUAUGGGUCGGUCUUUAAGGGAAAGUUAACUGAUGGUAGGUUCGUGGCAGUGAAGCAGCUGUCUGAAGCAUCUCAUCAGGGGAAAAGGGAAUUCGCGACGGAAAUAGAAACUAUAUCUCGAGUGCAACACCGUAAUCUCGUGAAGUUGUAUGGCUGCUGCCUUGAGGGCAAUAAGCCACUGCUUGUUUAUGAGUACCUGGAGAAUGGAAGCCUGGACCAUGCUCUGUUUGGCAAAGGAGGGUCAAGCCUAGACUGGCCAACACGUUUUGAGAUAUGCUUAGGCGUUGCAAGAGGCCUUUCCUAUCUUCAUGAGGAAUCUAGCAUCCGUGUUGUGCACAGGGACAUAAAGGCCAGCAAUAUCUUACUUGAUGCCAAUCUUAAUCCUAAGAUCUCGGAUUUUGGGCUCGCCAAACUUUAUGAUGACCAGAAGACACAUGUGAGCACGAAGGUUGCUGGUACAUUUGGCUAUCUCGCACCUGAGUAUGCCAUGAGAGGCCAUAUGACUGAGAAGAUCGACGUGUUUGCAUUCGGGGUCGUAGUAUUGGAGACUUUAGCUGGGAGACCAAACUACAGCACGAAGGACGAGAACAAGGUUUAUAUUUUCGAAUGGGUGUGGGAACUAUACGAGGACAACCAGCCGCUGGACGUGUUGGACCCGAGGCUGGAAGAGUUCGACAGCGAGGAGGUGCUCCGUGCCAUCAAGGUGGCGCUGCUCUGCACCCAGGGCUCCCCCCACCAGCGCCCCUCCAUGUCGAGGGUGGUGGCGAUGCUGACGGGCGACGUCGAGGCGCCCGACGUGGUGACCAAGCCCAGCUACAUCACCGAGUGGCAGAUCAAGGGCGGCAACACCACCUACAUGAGCACCGACGUCAGCGGGCAGUCGAGCUCGGCGCCGCGGCCCAACUCCCAAACCUCCUCGCCGUUCCUGAGCUCCGUCAUCGACGAAGGCCGCUGAUACAAUUCGACCGGUUGACGGCGACCUCCCGUGCUACGGAUUUGUUGAGAAUGCACGAUCUUCGCGGAUGAGUACAGUAGAGGUGUCUGUAGGAUGAGCAGCGGGUAAAGCUGUAUGUAUACGUGUGUAGGGCAGGUCUGAAUUCUGUGGUCUCCUUGGACGCCCGUACGAUUUGCAAUAAUUCCGGCUUGGACUUUGAAAUUUCCAAGUUUGAGGAA